ACCCAUCCAUUGAAACGAAAAGAAUUUCAUAAUUAUAGAUUAAAGAGAGAAAUCGCUGAUCAGAGAAAAACCCUAUCCUAAAAUGGGGAAGAAGAAGAAAAGAGUCUCGUCCACGGUAUGGUGUUACUAUUGCGACAGAGAAUUCGACGACGAGAAGAUCCUGGUGCAGCACCAGAAGGCCAAGCACUUCAAGUGCCAUGUCUGUCACAAGAAGCUCUCCACCGCCGGUGGUAUGGCCAUCCAUGUUCUCCAGGUUCACAAGGAGUCUGUCACCAAGGUUCCCAACGCAAAACCUGGCAGAGAUUCAACUGACAUUGAGAUAUACGGAAUGCAAGGAAUCCCCUAUUGUACUAGCUGCUCACUAUGGAGAAGAAGGUAA